AGUACUUUUAUAAAGCUGACUCUUGACUUUUAGGUUCAAAUUGUAUGUCUUAUAUAUCUUCAUUGCAGCAAUCUUGUGCUCAGCACUGGCAUUUGAUGCCUCCCAAAGUACUAUCUCUGGAGUGGCCUCUGGAGACAGUUUGAUUAUUAAUCAGACUUACACGCUAACUGUCCAGGCGAAAGACUCAGGAGGGAAUAAUUUAAUAACUGGAGGAGAGGAUGUCUAUAUCAUUAUUACAGAUCCAUGCACUCGAGGAACCAAUAUGGCCUGAGGCUCCUCUGCAUUCACUCAGAGUGCAGUUAAUGGUGGAGAAAAAGUUAUUAAGCUCACAGACAACACAGAUGGAACAUACUCUGCUAGUUUUGACUUGAACCACAUCGGGGAUGCAACGAUCUCAGUGGUCCAAUCAGUAACUCAAGGAAUAACUGCCAAAUACUAUAACUCAGGAAGCAUCAGCGGAACUCCAGAUGUGACUAAAACAUUAUCAGAGAUCAAUUUUUGGCUCUCAUACAGUCAAGAUGUUACCCCUGGACAUCGUGAUAAUGUGGCAGCCACGUUCGCAGGAAAGCUUAUUUCUUUCCAGUCUGGAACUUGUGACCUAGAGUUGUUCCAAGAUGAUGGAGCGACUCUCAAAAUAAAUGGAGCAGCUCAGAUCAGCAACUAUGGGAAUACAAUGCAUGGGUCGACCAAUUUUAUUUAUAAUUUCAAUGCUUUCGAGAUAUAUGACCUUCACAUUGACUGGAAAGAGAAAACUCAAGGAUUUGCUCUGAGGCUCUUUUGGGAUUGAGGAGCUGGCAAGGUGAUCAUCUCUUCAGAAAAUUAUGCAUUUACUAGUGAUAUUGGAGGAAGUCCUAUUCAAAUUUCUGUUGGGUGUCCUGAUAAGUAUGAACAAGUUCCUUCAACUACAGAUCAAUGCAGACCCGAGUGUGGAGAUGGUUUUAUCAUCAGUCCUGAAGUAUGUGAUGAUAACAAUAACAACAAUGGAGAUGGCUGCAACUCUGAUUGCACUGCUGUGGAAUCAAAUUGGGUUUGAUCAGGAGGCUCCUCAACAACAAAAAGUGUGUGAGAAGAAUCCACACAGGGCUUCUAUCAGGAUGAUCCAUUAAACCCACUAGAAUGUAUUCCUCAAUGUGGAGAUGGCUAUGUUGCUGGCUCAGAAGCCUGAGAUGACAGUAACACCACUGAGAAUGAUGGUUGAUCAUCUGAUUGAAGUAAGAUUGAACUCGGAUGGGAAUGAGAUCAAGCAAGUCCAACCGUCUGAAAGAAAGUCAACAAAUUAAAUACUCUUACUAAUCAAGAAAAAGCAGUGAGAGCUAGUACAUUGUCAGUCAUCUCAAUUUCAGUUAUUCUAAAUAUCAUCGGUAAAAUACUAAACCAGGCUUCAAGGAACUCAAUCUUGUCAUCAAUCAAUCAGCUGCAGCUUCUGAUAUUGCUUUUACUUCUUGAGAUACACCUUCCUUCGAUUGUGGUAAACUACCUCAGAUCCUUGUCAAUAUCCCUGAUCUCCACCAACAUCGACUGGGGUUCCUUCACUGGCUUUAGAACAGUGUGGAAUUGGUUCGAUUGCCCUCAAGAGAGAACUGACUUUGAAAUGAUCGACAUCAGUUCUGGAAGCACUAUCAUCAACUUGAACACUCUGGUUGGCAUUUUUGUCACGUUUUUGAUAACUCAUUUAUUUGUGGCGACCUUUUUAAGCUGAAACAAAGAGUCCCAGAUGUUGUGAGUUAGAGUAGCCAGAUACAUCAAGAAGUGUCUUACCUUUGAGAUGUACUUCGUUCUCAUCUUUGAAAGCUUUAUCACAAUAGUCUUGUGCUCUUUUUCAGAAUUCAAAAGCUUUAGAGUAGUGGGCACGGACACUGAAAGACUUUCUUUUAUCUUUGCUGUGGUCUUCUGUAUACUCACACUGGGUAUCAUCAUCUCUGCAACUUUUAUCUGGAUCUAUACUGGCUCUAAAGACCUCGAUACAGAGAAUAUGUUCUUGAAUGGACUCUUUUCAGGCCUCAAGCCUACAAAAGCAGGAAGAACCCAGCUCGUACUGUUCUUCAUCAGAAGAGCACUGCUCUGUUCAAUGAUAGCAUUAUUGUCAGACUUUAGCAGACCUGUUUUCUUAGGGUUGUAUCUCGGAGUGAACUGCAUCCACUGCACAAUGAUUUGAAUCAUCAGACCAUUUGAGAAAGUAACCGAUAACAUCAUUGAGAUCAUCAACGAGCUCUUCUAUGUGAGUUUCUGUCUGUUCUUGCAAUGGCACUACUUAGAAGACCAAUGGAGUCACACUAAAGGAAUUGUGUAUUAUUGGUGCUUAGUCUCUAAUAAUACAAAUCAAAACCUGUGAAAAUAUUUACUGGCAAUGCAGUGACGUCUCUCAAGCCAACUUCUCACAAGGGGUUCCACCACCGGGGUGCCAAAAGGUAGGCCUAUCUCUAACUUUAGGCAUAUGCCUGCUCAACGAGUCUAUGAGAACAGGGAUGAAAUUAUGGCAUUCCGACUCGAAAGAGGAGCAGCUAAUUAUGGCAACAAUUAUGUGAGUAAAUCCACCUCAGAAGUAUCAAAGCACAGCCAGGUUGCUAUCAAACCUUCAAUUGAGAUGUCUAAUGUUUAA